AGUUAGAACUUUAUAUAAUUUCACAUUUUUAUUCUUAAUUAUAUUUUUAUAAAAUCCAGUAGUCUUUUUUGACUUACUUGUCCAGGUAGCUUUAAAUAGGAUUUUUAUCAAGCGUUUGUGUUGUUCUUAGACAGCUAUAAGACAGUUAGAUUUGAGUUUGGUCCUGACUCAGCAUUUGUAGCUGCAUACACAGCAUCCUUGCUGAGUUGCCACGGCAACUGUGUCAAUCAGCUGCAAGUCUGGGAUCAUAUGAACAUAGAAGAAUACAUUGAAGAAGAUGAGGAACCACCUUUACUGCUCAGCUCUCGUCCUUCUCACGGUGUUUGGCUGUGGUGGGACUGCAGCAGUGCAGUGUCGGUGGGGGGAAGGAUGUGGGUGUCUUCAAUGCCCUGCUGGCCAGGAGCCUUCCAAGGCCUGUGGGCAGAUCCAAAGUCCAACAGAAGAAGUGCAAUGUCAGUUGUGCCCGACGAGAAGCUUUUCAAAUGCAUCUGACUCAGAACUUUGCCGCCCACAUACAUCCUGCAAGCUCCUUGGCCGUAAGGUUUCAACCCCUGGCACUGCGAUCUCAGAUGGUGUCUGUGGGGACUGUCUGCCUGGGUUUCACUCCACUGCCAAAGGGGAAGUUUCCACCCAAAGUCUGUGUGUGAAAACAUCUUUGCAUGUCAGAACAGUGCGUACAGUGGGUAAAGGUCCAUCCAGCGGGACAGGAGGGCCAGUCAAUGGCACAGUGGUGCGCAGCGCGGAGGAGAAGACGGCAGAGUACGCCGUGUUUGCUUUGGUGCCUAUUUUCUGCGUGAUGGGCCUGUUGGGUAUCCUCAUCUGCAACAUCCUGAAGAAGAAGGGAUACCGCUGCACUGCUGACAAGGAGGGAGGGGAUGAAGAAACUGCCACACCGCAAAAAGAAGGUAACAAUUGUCCCUACAUAUCCGACGACUUGAAUGAAGAUACCAUCAGUGUUCUGGUUCGCCUCAUCACUGAGAAGAAAGAAAAUGCUGCUGCACUGGAGGAACUGCUGCUGGAGUACGAGAGCAAACAGAUGGCCAUGAGCAAAGCCUCGUCAAUUAAGUUCCCAAUGCUGUCUCCACUGUCCACUUUCCGUUCCCUCCCCAGGCUGUGCCCCCAUCAGUCCCACCUCCACACCAUCUCUGGCCUCUCUGGACUGGCCCCCAAACACGGCUACCGCUGCACCCGCUGCGCCCAGAGAAAAUGGCCCGCUGUCCUCAUACCUCCCCUGGAUUCACUCAAAGAUCCCCUGAAGCCCGCCCAGACCCUCAUCUUGUCCUCCCUGGACACCUCCACCGACCAGCAGAAGAGACCCCUGCUGGGGGGAGUGUUUAUCGACACCCAUAUUACACAAGCUGUGCCAAAUACUGUGCAGGAAAAGGCGAAAGGGAAUGAAGUGAAGGAGGGGGAGGAGGAGGAGGAGGAGGGAGAGCUGGCAGUGUUGUCUGUGGGGAGGUUUCAAGUCACUCAGAUCCCCGAGCAGAAGCCCGCCGCCAUAGAAACUAAGACAUCAUCCCAAGAGCAUCGGAACUCCCUGUUUGGAGGGAAACCCUUCUGUUCCUCUUCAUCAUUUGGCAUCAGGAGGUGAAGAGACAGAGAGCGUGAUAAUGCUACCUCGCUGAAGAUGACCUUAUCAUUCACUGACAACUUGACAUCUGGCAGGGAGGGUGUUUCUAGACGACGGACUGACACCAAGAAACUACAAGAACCAACUCAUGCUGGAAUACUUUUUUUUAUUCAUGUGAUAAGAGGAAUAUUACUGUAUUUAUUAUUGCAUAAAAACAAUACUGUACUUUGCAGAUGUAUCAAAUGUACCGUCAUAGAAGUUCAACUUAAAUUACAGCUGCUUUCCGUCACUGUCUAAAUCCAAAGAGAAUGUGGGAAAGUAUAGCUCUGUGACAACAGAUUGUCAAAACCUGACACUAAAAGUAAGAAUGAAAGGGAGAAAACAAAAAAGAGUUUGGGUCAUGAAAAAAACGUGUUCUCAGCCCCUAUUUUUGUGCUUCUAUUAUAGACACGGGUGAAACAUACAUAGGCGGACACAAACAAUACAGGUAGACAGGCACAUCUACACUACUUGUGUACAGUGAUGAGGACAACACACUGUGGCAUACAUAACUGACAAAAGGCAGAACUCAAACAGCAGUGAGACUGAAACAAACUCGUUCAAGUAUGUUCUUUAAAAAAAA